UCAUUCAGGUCUUCUUAUUUUUAAAUAUGAUCGCAUUUUUCCAUCGUUAGUUCGAAUGCAAAACACAAAUAUUCAUUUGAUUUUCAAUGUAUGCGUGUGUGCGUGUGUACAAAAUUGGCCAAUUUGAACUGUAUUCGAUGCUACUAUUGACGAAAAAGAAAUGAAAAUGAGAGAACAACUGAAAUAAUAUUUUUUCGCCCUCUUUGGCCUUUGUACGCUGCAUUUUUCUCUCACUCACGCAACGUUAUUCGUGUUGCACUGUAUGUACAUAGAAUGUGCACCCCAAACAACAGCAUCAUUGUCAAGAAGUGAAAUAUGUGUGUUGCAGAGGCGAAAGGAAAGGGAUGGUGUGAAUGGAAAUACAGGCAACAUAAAACGUAUACAAAAAGGCGACUAUUGUUAGUUUUGCAGAGGUCGUGUGCCAAAAACGGAAUAUUUGCUUUCGGACCCAAUGUUAGACAUAAUGCACACACACAAAUACAUGCACACGCAUACAUUCACAACAACAUACGCACUUCGAUGCAUUGUUGCAGCCGCUCAAAAAAUCGUAAAUAUAGGAAGGUCCCAGCACAAUUUUCAGCCAGAUACAAUUCGGAAGUCAACAGUAGUGCACCGAAGUGAAAUUUUUUGUUAAGAGAAAAAUACAUUUUCCGUGUUUUGUGCAAGAUUCAUUUCCUUGGUUUGUGCAUCGAGUGAAUUUUUUUGUUAAAAAAUUAAAUUUACGGUAUUUUGUGCAAAAUUUAAUUUAAAUAAAAACAAACAUAAUCAAAAUGACAGCCACGUACUACGGCGAUUUCAAUACAAACGAAAGCAUGUACAAUCAAUACUACAAUCAACAAUAUUCAUCACAAUCGUAUGGAAACAAUAUGGACCAUACAAAUUGGCAAUCAUCGAAUUUAAAUACAAUGCAAUAUCAACAACAACAACUCCAGCAACACCAAGCUCAACCAUCAAAUUCAUAUGUUCCGUAUCAUCAGAGUAACUACGCAUACGCACAAUCAUCGGCUGAGCAAAUGUCAUACAAUGGAUCGCGUCAACAAAUGAAUGUCAACCAUUCGUAUGUGCCAAAUCAUGGAUUGUACCAACCACCACCAAACGCGUAUAAUCCGAUGGAAAAUACAACAAAUAUGAUUCCGCAAGUGCCUAUCGCUGCCAUGAAUGCUCAGCUUCCACAAGUGAAUAACAAAAACGACACCACCGAAAACGAUGAUUCACCGCUGUUGCGUAAUCUUCUUAGCAAUAAGAAGAGAGAGAGACCAAGCUAUAGCCAAUCACCAUCAGCGAAACGACAACGAACUCAAGAGAAUUCAUUCUCCGACAAUGGGACCAUUUCGCCGAUUGAAACGAUAUCACCAAAAAUGGAUCAAUUUCGCGAUGACUUGGACUUUUUCGAUGAAUUUGCAUUUGAAAAGCAACAACCAAUGACAAAGAAGAGUGGCUAUGAGUAUGGUCACAUGCCAUUAGGAAUGACAAGCGAAAAUUCAACGCCAAUCACAAACUCCGUUGCGUUUGAUGGCAUUAGCACACCACCACAAUCACCGAACGAAGCAGCCAUUGAAGAUGUCAAUCAAAUGUCAAAUAAUUGUGAUGCAUCAUCCCGAACGGAUUCACAAAAUGGAAGUGAUGUUGCAUGCAAAGAGAAACGAUCACGCCAAACAUACACACGGCAACAAACCCUAGAAUUGGAGAGUGAAUUUCGGACAAAUCGCUACCUGACACGACGACGACGCAUCGAAAUUUCACACAUCCUCAAGUUGAGUGAGCGACAAAUUAAAAUUUGGUUCCAAAAUCGACGCAUGAAGGCGAAAAAGGACCCAAUGCUUGCGAUGAGCCCACAAUCGGAAUAUAGUGAUGCGCAAUAUCAUCAAGCUCCUGUAGCGUAUGUUGGAAAUUAUACCGCGAUGAACCAGUUCCAAGCACCACCACCAAACAUGCAAUCAUAUCAAACACCGUCAACUAUGCAUCCAUAUGUAAGAUACGACUACUAAAAUUUAAAUAGAAUUAAGCUAGGGUAAUUAGAACAUAUAUUCAAUUAUAAAUUGCAAAAAAUGUGUAAAUAAAUGAAGAAAAUAUAUUUUGUAAAUAUUUAGAUAUA